AUGGCGGCGGCGGAGCUGCAGGAGCUGCGGGCGCUGGUGGAGCGGGCGGGCGGGCGGCGGGCGGUGCUGCUGGUGGCCGAGGUGGCCGAGGGAGCCCCGGCGGCGCCCGCGAUGGCCGCCUUUGCCCGCGACCUCCUGGGCGACGAGGCGCCGCCCGCACCGUGCCCGGUGCCGGGGUGCCGGUCGCGGCGGCGGCGGGCGGGCGGCGGGCGGCGGAGAGCGCUGGAAGCGCGGCUGCUGCUGGUGCUGAGCGGGGCGGUGCGGGGCCGCGGGGCCCGGGCCCGCCUGCGGGAGGUGGUGCGGGACGUGCGGGGCCGCCUGCCCGCGGCGCCGCCGCCCGCCGUCGUGGGCGUCCUGCUGCCCGGCGGGGACGGCGAGGACGCGGCCGUGCUGGACGCGGCGCUGCGGCGGCACUUCCCGGCGCCCGGCACGGUGCAGGCGGCCCGGUACAGCCCCGGCUGCCCCGGCGAGUGCCGCGCCGCCGCCUGCCGCGCCCUGCGGGCCGCCCUGCAGCACCCCGCAGAAGAGGCGAAAGACAGGGAGAGGUGGAGGCUACCAUCCUUCCUGCGGUGCAUUUCUUGGAAACAGAGGAGCUGGAGAAAAGAUCACAAAGCAAAAGCUGCAAACAACAUUCAUGAAGAUGGCCUGCAGGACCCCGAGGAAGAAGUGGCUCUGACCAGCCUGUCCCCCAAUGGAAACUGCGAAGAAGCUGCUGGAGGCACAGGCACCUAGAGCUGCUGGGCACCCAGCACAGUCCACAUCCCAGAUCUGCCCGGUGGAUUUGGAGCAGUGGGAGGAGGAGCUGUGCAAUGCUCACUCACCCUCUCCUCCAAGGACCCACCACUCCAUGGAGAAGCUGCUCAGCUGAACUCCUCAGGGUCUUCUGGAGCUGCCAACAGCCUCUGGGGUCUGUGCCAGAGAGCCAUUCCCUGCUGUGCCUGGAGCUGCUGCUGGACACUGGGCUUCUGAGAAGGCCUUUGGGGAUGUAUCCCAUAUCCUGGGCAAGAUAACGUUGGGAAUUUGAGCAUGAAAUGCAGCCACCUGUUUGAAGAAUGAGGAGCAUUUUCUAAUUCUGAGCAAAGUUCCCUGCUGAGGCUGCCAGGGCUGGCCUCCCUGGCAGACCAAUUCUGCUGCCUUGUUUUCCUGCUUUAUUGGUGCUUUGAAGUUCCCACUCUCUUUGUGAUCGAGCCAAAAAAAAAAAAAAAGACAAGUGACAGUGGUGUGGAGAGACUGCAGUGGGACUAAAUGAGGUCCUGGAUCUACCAGCUACUGAAAAGGCUUGAGUGUAACUGUGUAAAGUGAAGAAUGGAGUAACAGCCCACUGUGGGUAGCAGGAAUAAUAUAAAAGAUAUUGAUAGUAAUGGCAGCUUGAGCAGAGUGUGAUUUGGGAGCAGGAUUCCUCUGGCUUGUCCUAGUGCUCACAGACUGGCUGAUGGACUGCCUGGGUUGGAGGGGUGGCAGAUGGACAGUAAGGUGUGGCAGGUGUUGGAUGGGGCUAUGGGAGAGGCCCAUCUUACCUGGGACAUCUCCACAGCUAUGUGAUGGCAGAGCUUGGAGGUGAAAGGUAACACAAGAUGUGGCUGCUUCAUGAAUAAAUAUAUAAAAAUGAUCUAUUUAAGUAGUUCCAAAGGGCUGCCUGUAGUCUGUGUGGCAACACAAAUAAUUAUAAAUCCUUGGUUUAUGAGAAAUAUUACUACCUUUUCCAUUCUUACUUUAUGCAACAUAAAACAUGUCUUAUUUUAUUUUUAGCACAAGCUGCUGGGUUCUUUAGGAGUUUGAUCCAGUUCAGAUCAGCAAAUUCAACCUGUCGUAUCAUGCCUACCUCUCCUCUGGGUUAGCGCUGAUUUGUGUCAGUACAUCCUCUGUGCAUGUCUGUCCCCUCUCCGGCUCCUUUUUCCCAGUGGCACCUGAAGUGCCUGCAGUCCUGCCAGCUCUGGCCAGCACUCUCUCCCAGCACUGUGCCUUCAGCAUCUCUCUAGCUCUUAUCUGGAGCAAGGGAUGUUUUUUUUUACCCAGCUCCACUCAUGACCAUGAUCAUCAAUAUUUUUCACCACAUCAUUUUUCUGUGCCUCAGUUUCCCUACCAGUGGGAUGGGGACACCAACACCUGCCUACCCCGCCGGGGUUAUGAUGGUAACACUGGAGCAGAGAGCAGCAGCUCUCAGGUUUGGAACUGGUCCCUUUAGUGAUGGUGUUGCUUUGCCCUUUGGGCUGGAGGAGUGUGUGGCUGAGGGUGUCUGGGGCAUGCUGGAGUGGGCAAGAGGGGGGAGUGUUGCCAGGAUGCCAAGUCCAUGUGAGCAGCCUUUGGGGAAGUGCAUGUCACGUCUCUUCACAGCAGAAACACUUUCCUGUGUGGAUGUGGCUGUGGAGAGCAGCUGGCAUUGACAGAGCAUGUUGCUCUGCAGAGAGGGCACCGACCUGCUCUCCUUCAAGCCUGCAGGAUUUCUACAGGAUUUCUGUGCUAAUGACCAGGUGGAAAAUACAAAUGUAACUAAGUGACUCAAUGAAGACACUUGGUGUGAGUGGCUCUAUGCGUGACCCCAGGUUUCAGCACUGAGCACUAAGUGCAUCUUGGUGGGAUGAAGGUUCCUUCCUGCUCCAUCCCUGGCACGAGCCCAUGGCUCUGCUGUGCAGGGAAGUCCCUCUGCUUGUCUGCACAGCAGAGCCCAGGUCACUGGGCAGGUCUGUAUGUCCCAAUAAAGCCCUUGGUUCGGUGAGUCCAGUAGGACUUGACACUGUGGUGGGGGAAAUCUUUAUUUUCUUGCAGCAUUUGGCCUUUGCUGCCAGGAAUUCAGCAAUGCAGAGGUGGCCCAAGAGCACAGAUUUGCAGUUAAACUUACCUUGGUGCUGAAAAUCCAAUGGAUUUAUUUACUGGUAAUUUUCAGGUAAAUCAUGCAAGUUUACCCUUUCAGGAAGACUUCUGUGGAAGCAGAUGAACUGCCUGGGGCUUUAGGAGAUGUGAGUGGGAAUACUUUUGAUCAAAAGUGUUGUUUACCUUUGACUGAGGAAUAAAAGUGACUGGAAUCCUUUUUUCUUUUUUUUGCUCUUGUCUUUUUUCACCAUCUGGACACAUGGAGCUGUAAGCAGAUAGUUUUACAUGUUUCAUUUAUUUAAUAAGGUAAGGGUACUGUUAUGUGCUUUUUGUAAAAAAUAAAGACAUUUAAUUUCUGAA